AUGCCAAGGACGUCAUGUUGGCCAAAGGCCAGAUCUGAAGGAGGUGUGUGGGCGUCUGGUGGCAAUAUCGAUGCAUACAAGCCGAUAGCCAAGUAUGAGGGUGCUCACCGGUAUGACCCGAGAUAUGAGUGGACUGAGCGCGAGGAAAAGAAGCUUGUCAGAAAGCUUGACUACAAGAUUUGCUUCUUCGUCUGUGUGAUGUUCUUCGCCCUGCAAUUGGAUCGUGGCAAUAUCACUCAGGCUCUGUCGGACAACAUGCUCGUGGAUUUGGAUAUGAUCACAAAUCAGUACAACUACGGCAUGACCAUAUUCUAUCUAUGCUUUCUGUGCGCCGAGUUGCCAUCACAGAUGAUCUCGAAGAAACUUGGCCCAGACGUCUGGAUUCCCAUCCAGAUGUGCCUUUGGUCCAUUGUAGCCAUCUGCCAGUGCCGCCUCACAGGCGUCAAGACCUUUUAUGCCACCCGAGCCCUGCUGGGUCUCCUCGAGGGCGGCUUCAUCCCUGACUGCGUCCUGUACCUGAGCUUCUUCUACAAGAGCAAGGAGCUCCCGAUCCGCCUGAGCUUCUUCUGGGGCGGGUACAUUCUGACGCAGAUCAUCUCGGCGCUGCUGGCAUACGGUAUCCUGCACCUGCGCGAGGUGACGGGCUGGGCGGGCUGGCGCUGGCUGUUCGCCCUCGAGGGCGGCCUCACCUUUCUGAUUGGCGUGUUUGCCUGGUUCUACCUGCCCCCCUCGCCGACCCAGACGGCCUCGUGGUUCCGCGGCAAGGACGGCUGGUUCUCGGAGCACGAGGAGAAGAUCAUGGUGAACCGCAUCCUGCGCGACGACCCGGCCAAGGGCGGCAUGCACAACCGCCAGGGUCUUACCCUGUCCCUGCUGUGGGAGGCCCUCUGCGACUACGACCUGUGGCCCCUGUACCUGCUGGGCCUGACCUGGAGCAUCCCCGCCACGCCCAUGACCGCCUACAUCACCAUCGAGCUCAAGGCCCUCGGCUUCAACACGUUCGAGACCAACCUGCUGACCAUCCCGUCCUACGUGCUGUUCGGCAUCCAGCUGCUGUGCUGGACCUGGGUCUCGGAGAAGUGGAACUCGCGCAUGUGGAUUGUCAUUGUGUGCCAGAUCUGGUGUUUCCCGCUCGUGCUCGCCCUCGAGCUCCUCCCGAAUGCCGCAAGUCCUUGGGCUUGGUAUGCCUGUGCCGCUCUGUUGAUUGGCUAUCCUUAUGUCCAUGCCAUUCUCGUCGCCUUGACCUCGCGAAACGCUGGCUCCGUCCGGACCAGAACCGUUGGUAGUGCACUGUACAAUAUGGCCGUGCAGGCCAGCAACAUUAUUUCCUCGAAUAUUUACCGCACAGACGACGCGCCCAAGUACCGCAGGGGCAACAAGGUGCUUUUGGGAAUUAUAUGCUGGUCGGCCGCUUUGAUUAUCUUCACCAAGUUCUACUAUGCUUGGAGAAACAAGAAGAGAGACGAGAAGUGGAACGCCAUGAGCACCGAGGAGAGGGAUCAUUAUCUGAACACAACGACCGACCAUGGAAACAAGAGGUUGGAUUUCAGGUUCGCACAUUAA